UCAGCGACUUAUAGCGGGACUGCAGCAGACAUUCUGACACUGGGGGGAACUGACUUGGUGUCACUGACAUCCCCAGUGAUGCCAAUACAGUGAUCAGUGCUAAAAAAAAAGCACUGACACUGUACUAAUGGCACUGGGCAGGAAGGGGUUAACAUCUGGGGCAAUCAAAGGGUUAACUGUGUGCAUGGAGCGUUUUACAAUGUGUGCUGUGUGUGUGUUUUACUGGAGAGGCAUGCUAUGCAGAGAGAUACAAAGCAGCAUGUCCUUGCUGGCAGGGGAGAGAUCUGUGUUAUUUACAAACAGGUCUCUUUUCUGUCAGUUUUGCCGACAAUCACCGAAUGCCGCCCGGGACUCUCCGUGAUUGGCAUCCCCAACCAUCAA